CCGGGGGAUGGACGAGCGCAAGCCGAGAGCCUCUUGCCCGGCUGUGGCCAGUGACGCGGCCCGGGGCCGGGCGGGGGGACCCCGGGACGCCGGAGACCUGGGCCGGCCGCUCGCUCCGUGGGGGUGCACGGGGCCUCGGGCCUGUGUCUGAGGUUCCCUCGGGGGCGCAGGAGAGGUGACCGCGGUCUGUGCAGGGCGCGCCUGCUAACCGUGUUGUUGAUUUCCCUCCUCAAGGACUUGUCGCUGCCGCCGUAGUAAUCGGUACCCCAUUUCUUGUCAAAAUGUUCUGGGACUGUGGAAAAUCAGGGAGACACCUGCCUGGUGUUGGUCUCUCUGUUUGCGGUGUGGAUCACCAUGGCACAGCUGCCCUGACCCAGGCGGAGCUGAGAAGAAUGGCCCCGAGAAGGCCCCCGAUCCCCAGAUCAGAGAGACCCCGAGAAGCCCCGCACCCGGAUCAGAGAGACCCCGAGAAGCCCCUCACCCGGAUCAGAGAAACCCCGAAAAGCCCCGCACCAGGAUCAGAGAGACCCCGAGAAGCCUCGCACCUAGAUAGGAGGGACCCCAAGAAGGCCCCCGUCCCCAGGUCGGAGAGACCCCGAGAAGCUCCCGUCCCCGGAUCGGAGAGACCUCGAGAAGCCCCUCACCCUGAUCGGAGGGGCCCCGAGAAGCCCCGCACCCGGAUCGGAGGGGCCCCGAGAAGCCCCGCACCCCGAUCGGAGGGGCCCCGAGAAGCCCCGCACCCAGAUCGGAGGGGCCCCGAGAAGCCCCUCACCCUGAUCGGAGGGGCCCCGAGAAGCCCCUCACCCUGAUCGGAGGGGCCCCGAGAAGCCCCGCACCCGGACUCACCCUUGUUCUCUCUGAAGGGCGCGGGAAGGCCGGGGGAGCCGGGGUGGGGGAGCCGGGUGGGGGUCGGGCCUGGAAUGGGGCUCCAGACACAACAGAGCCCUGGAACAGAACAGCGUGAGGCUGAGGGAGCCCCUCGGCAGUGUGGGGCGCCCCUGGGGGCGCCCCUAAAGGCAGGCCCGGCGCCCCACCACCAGACCUGCGAGGCUGUUUUUCCUCAAAAAGAAACAAAAUUUGACCAACAUCAGUCGAAAACGAAGCUAAAACACGUCACGUCUGAGCAAACCAACCAGAGAGGUGAGUCACGCUGUGGUCCACGAGGUGACCUGUCCAUGGGGUGACCUGUCCACGGGGUGACCUGUGCACGAGGUGCCCCUGCCCCUGCAACAGUCCACACCAACGCGAAGCUCCUUCCGGAGACCUGUAGCCAGGUGGUAGAUCCUGCAGGGGUAGUGCUGAGCUUAAUUUAUUUAUAUUUAUUGAUGUCACUGAUCGCAUUGCUGAGACAUGUAUCAGUAGAAAAUUCCAGACCUAUGUGAGAAGAAACGUCCGUCCCCUCGCUGCAAGUAAACGAAGGAUCAUUAAAUUGCUGCAUUAA